CCUGCUCCGAUGUAUGACAUUGUAGGGCAAUCAGUGGAAUAGAAUAAACGGAUACGAUCGUUUAGGAAAAAACAAUGUCCUUUACAAAUCGCAAUCUCCUUUCGUUCUUGUUUUUCCGUACAACGACGGCGGAUUCAUUGAGCGGUGACGGCAGACAUCGUGCCCAGGAGGAGCAGACUUUGUUCCCGACAAUGACCGACGACGGUAAAGACCUUUCGCUGAUAUGCUUCGAGCGAGUGCUGACAAUUUGGGCCUGGUGGACUCAGAUAAUAGCUUCGGCGGUUCUUACUAUUACUGGUUUGGUAUAUACUUAUCACGAAUGCUACGGAAAAGAUGACGAGUGCGACGGUUACUACACGAUGCUGCAUUUGAGAGCUGUUUUCUGGUUGCUGGUUUAUAUCAUACAUCGAUUCGUGAAGAGUAGACAUAACCGGUUAAAAGUACUUGGGUAUCACGAUUUUCUUCAGGAAACUCAUCGCUACAAAAAAGCCCCGUUGAAAAUUGUGUCUUUUUGUAACCUUUUGUUAUUGACCUUGCACACCAUUCUGUUGGAAGUGGCUGGUUCCAACUUCUUCACCGUCUGUCGCGUAGAAGGCUUUUCAGCGACGGCAGUAAUAAGUAUCUUUUGUGCGGUUGAAUAUGUUUUCCUGGUGUUGCUCCACAUUUCCUAUUCUGUUAAGAUCCACGUUUUCAACGUCGUGCAGAAUCCACCUGAUGCCCUAGUAGAUUCAGACCAUCCACGAGGCGGUCAAAUCUCAAUGAACCCGGAGGAAUUUGUUAGUCAGCAGUUUUUGCUGAUCGUGAAACUAUUGGAUGAAAAUCGUCAUUUACAGGAUAAGAUCCGAGAAAUUCGCUCAAUGGCUCAUCUUAUCAACAGCGAGUCAACGCAUCUUUCCCUAGCGGAACAAUCUUUAAUUGGUUACUGAUUUGUUUGUCGUGGUUAUUGUUUUGUUUUAUAUAACAAAGAAAAUUUAUUUCUAUCUUCACAGUA